AUGCAGUUGUUUGUCUCCACUAUUGCCCUUGCCCUCUUGGGCCGUUUCGCAUCCGCUGCGGCUGUGGCCCCCGUCGAGGAGAUUGUCAAGAAGGGUGACAGUGGUUGUUACAUCUACGAGGAUCCGGAUUGCUGUAUCAACUAUGGCGUUUGCGAGUGCCAGGACGGCCACUUUUAUCAGGUCAAUCAGGCGAAUGGCGGGUAUAACUGCCAACCACCGUGGGGCUACUUGGCUAGCAGUGUAUCUGGCCUUCCGGGUGCCUGCUGCUAG